AUGCAGGCGUGUGGAGGUGGCGCGGCGGGACGCCGGGCCUUCGACAGCAUAUGCCCCAACAGGAUGAGAGAGCUAGCCAGCCGGCCCGUGGGCAAACCUGGGAAGCUGGAGAGGAAGCUCGCUCCUCCACGCACGUUCUUCUCCGGCUGCAGCGUCGCCAGCCGGGUGUCAGUGUACGAGGAUCCGGAAGAUGCGGUACCCCCUGCGCUCCCAGCCCUCACCACCAUAGACCUGCAGGACCUCGCCGACUGCUCCUCUCUGCUCGGACCCGACGUGCCGCCUAGUGGUAACCCCGCUGCCUCGCAGAGACAAACUCUACAAGAGGAGCCAGAUUUCGUUCAGCUGCGGAAUUUCAGAGACACAGUAGAUUUCAUUGCAGGCAAGUCCGAUUCGUCUUCUUUGAUGUCAUCUCCCUUGGCCGGCGGAGACUUCCCUUUCUCACCCUGUGAUGUGUCUCCAUUUGGAGUCUGCUUCUCCCCGCCCCUAGACCCAAUGGACCUGCAGUCAUCACCGCUGUGUCCUCCAGACAUCUCCCCACCAGAGCAGUACUGGAAAGAGGUGGCUGACCAGAAUCAGAGGGCGCUGGGGAACGCGCUUGUGGAGAAUAAUCAACUGCACGUGACUUUGACCCAGAAGCAGGAGGAGAUCGCCUCACUCAAAGAGCGGAACGUGCAGCUGAAGGAACUAGCCAGCCGGACCCGGCACCUGGCCUCGGUACUGGAUAAACUGAUGAUCACACAGUCCCGGGACUGCCAGGUGGCCACGGAGCCUUUCCUGCUCAGGGCGACAGCCAAAAGGAGCCUGGAGGAGCUGUUCAGCGCCACGGGCCAGGACUGCGCCGAAGUGGACGCGGUCCUGCGAGAGCUUUCCCAGCGUUGUGAUGAAGCCCUGAAGAACCACGACCCUAAACGGCCGCGGCUACAGCCGGAGCCCGCGAGCACGGCUGGCCGGCCUGGGAACCUGCACGGCGCCUUCCGAGGGCUGCGGACCGACUGCAGCCAGAGCGCGCUGAACCUGAGCCAAAGCGAGCUGGAAGAUGGCUCAUUCAGCACGCCCAUCCGCAGCCACGGCACCAUCCGCACCCUCGCCUUCCCCCAGGGCAACGCCUUCACCAUCCGGACAGCCAAUGGGGGUUACAAGUUCCGCUGGGUCCCCAGCUGA